UCCCUUUCAUAUUUCUCUUACCUUAUGAAGCGAUAAAUGGAUUCCGAGUCUUACGGUCAUCCUUAUCCUAAUCAUAACCAAGCAGAGACAUCCAACGAAAACCUUGUGCAUGAACGAAGAUCGAGCGUUGUAGAAGCUUGUAUCGACUACUAUGGAGACGAUUAUAAAUUCUCAACACAAGAAGAUAUCAAGCCCACCUCGUCGUAUUCUACACCUUCCAUCACUCAGCAAGCUCAUACCAACUCACUCGAUGCAACAGAACGUAUGCAGUUUUUACGAGAAAUGGAACAAGCAAGGGAAGAAUUGGCGGAAUUUCGACGCAAUAUGGCCGGAUUAGUACAGCAAAUGGAUGGUAUUGCCGUAGAUUUGGAAAAAUCCAAGGAUAGAGUGUUCGAGAUAGAACAAGAUUUAACAGCGACAGAGGAAGUCAAUGUGAAUCUUCAAGUAUUACUAGAACGAGCAGUCAAGACACAAAAGGAAUCGGAUGUAUUUGCGACGCAAGCCAUUCGGAACAUGUAUUCGGAUUUAGCCUCGGUUGUAUACGAAAAUAAUCAAUUGCAAAGUCGACUUGUGUCGAUUGAGAAUCAUCAACGUGAGCAAAAGGGUAGUGUGCACGAUAUUGUGAAGCGCAUGUUUGAAUACACACAGAUGCUUGAGCAGGCUCAAGGUACGAUUCACAUGUUACAAGAACCCCGACUUGUGAAAUCAACUACCUCCUCAUCUACCACCACCAGUACAUCCCGAAGAAACAGUGUACUUUCCUUUUACAAUACGGAGGACGAUGAUGAUCAUUCAUUUGUCUCUCAGACUAAUAAAAGACCCUAUGUCCAAUCCCCUCCUUUAGGUCCUCAAUCCACUACUACUGCCAUAUUAAAACCACAGCAAGGUCUACGCAUGCUCUUCGAUAGUCAUGCUGGUAACCAACUUGGCCUCAGUACCCUAGCAACCACAACAAAAAAAUAAUCAUACAUAUAUAUAUAUAUAAAAAGAAAUAGCCUUAAUAUUAAUAAAUAAUUACCCUUCCCGUUCCCUUUUUUUUUUUUUUCUUCUCUGUAUAUGUAUAUUUAUUUUUUAACCAACGAAUCCCUCUCUUUCUUAUAUAUAUAUAUAUAAUUAGCACGAGUUUUUUUGUUUGUUUCCCGUGUGUGUGUGUGUGUGUGUG